AUCACGUGCGAGAGCCAAGGCUGGCUCCAGGAAGCGACGACGACACUCCGUCACGGCAGCUCUCGAGCGACCUCUGCUGAACGAUCCUAGCAGUACUAUUGGAUGUAAAGACGUCCCUCACGCGACGGACCUCAAGCCUCACCAUACCCGCCCGUCGAUUGCUACCCCGCCUGGACUGCCUCGCAUCACCACGCCGAGCCCCACAGUCGCUCCUGCGCGCACCACACGACACGCGAUAAGACGCCCGACAGCACGCUUGUGAAGUGUGCCAAUCUCGGCAAGGCUUCUGUCGGCACCAGAAUCGCGCAUUUGCGUGAGACCGACUCACCACCCCUCAUCUACAAAUUUGACCUCGUGGUCCGGCACGCGCGGACUGGAAUUGCGCCUUGCCCUAGGCUGCCAAACACCGCGGCGCACGUCUCAACAUGUCGUCGUCGUCGCAAGUCACCGAGUCGUGGGUCGCGUCCUUCUGCGGCUUGCUCGGGCACGAGUACUUCGCCGAGGUGUCGGAGGAUUUCAUCGAGGAUGACUUCAACCUUACGGGCCUGCAGUCGCAGGUGCCCAUGUACAAGGAGGCGCUGGAGAUGAUCUUGGACGUCGAGCCUGAGGACGACGACGAGGACGAAGAGGAAGAAGAGGACGACGACGACGACGACGAGGUCCUGGGCGACGAGCGGGGCGCCUACCGCCGGGCGAGCGACCGACGACAUCUGCGGAUAGCUUCAGAUCUGAGCGUAAUAGAAAGCUCGGCCGAGCUCCUCUACGGCCUGAUACACCAGCGCUACAUCACCUCCAGACCGGGCAUCCAGCAGAUGGCCGAGAAGUACGAGCUGCAGCACUUUGGCACCUGCCCGCGCGUGAACUGCAACUCGUGCAAAGUGCUGCCCGUCGGCCUGAACGACAGCCCCGGCCACGAGACGGUCAAGCUCUUCUGCCCGUCGUGCCUCGACGUCUACACGCCGCCCAACUCGCGCUUCCAGACCGUCGACGGCGCCUUCUUCGGCACCACAUUCCCCUCCCUCUUCUUCAUGACCUUCACAGACCUCGACAUCAGCGGCGGCCUGCGCACGAGCACAUCCGCCACCGUCGACGCGCUCGCGCAGCUGCAGGCCCAGAACUCGGAAGCCAAGGCGCGCAACAACACGACCCCGGCGAACGUCACGCUCAUCAACGGCGUCGCGCCCAACAACCUCGCGCCCGGCCUCGGCGUCGGCUCCAUCUACGAGCCGCGCAUCUACGGCUUCCGCGUCAGCGAGCGCGCCCGCUCCGGCCCGCGCAUGAAGUGGCUGCGCAUGCGGCCCGCCGACAUCACCGAGCUCGACGAGACCCGCCGCUACUGGGACGACCGCGCCGACGACGACGACCGGCCCGACGAGGACGACAUGAAUAUGGUCGACGUCGCCGACGGCAAGCCCGGGGCGCCCGCGAACCGCACACGGAAACAGGCGCGCACAAGACGGCGGCCGGCGAACGGCGCGCCGCUGCCCGAGGGCGCCGUCGAUGCGAAUGGCGUUGCCGUCGAGGCGGCGGCUGGUUAGCGCGGGUGGAUGAAGCGAAGAUGGUAGGGGUGCACACGAGGAUACCAGAUCAAAUAUGCAGUUGCAGUUGUACGUUCAAUGAUAGCGAACCAGGCGCUCACGCGAGGUUGCUCACACGAGUGCUCUACACAUGAAUCAGUCUACGGGAGUGCUUGGUCGGUCUGUUUUAACAAAGGCCCGCAGUUACGCAACGCAAACUCCCGGACUGCUCGACCUACUGCUCAUCAUAUAUGCU